AUCGCCCUCGAUGGCAGCCCCGGGCCAGGAACCCGGAGAGAGGGAGCCCCAACAGCACGGCUAGCAGCCCCGCGACCCCUUCCUCCAGGACCCGCCUCCUCCGUGGCUGCCCCGCCCGCCCGCCCGCCCGCCCGCCCUUGUGGGGCUCCCUGGCUGUUCUGGCGCCCUCCCUCGGCGGGGCAGCCUCGGGGUCCCCAACAAGGGCUUCCAGAGAUGCUUUUGGUGGUCUUCGGACUCCUGCUGGUGCUCCUUCGAGGGUCCAGGGCUCUGCAGAGGGCAGAGUUAUCUGAAUGUUUUAUGGUGAAUGGGGCUGAUUAUCGGGGUUCGCAGAACAGGACCUCCUUGGGGAGCACUGGACGUGCCUGCCUCUACUGGAACCAGACGCGGGAGCAUGCCUACAACACAGCAAAAUACUCCAAUGGCGAGUGGGGCCUGGGCAGCCACAACUAUUGCCGGAAUCCGGAUGGCGAUGUCCAGCCUUGGUGCUACAUCUCAGAGAAUGAGGAAGGAAUCUACUGGAAGUACUGCGACAUCCCAACCUGCCACAUGCCUGGCUAUGUUGGUUGCUUUCUGGACUCUGGGACUCCCCCAGCAUUGAGCGGAAGCAGUGGCACCUCCACCAAACUCACGGUGCAAGUUUGCCUCAGCUUCUGCCGCAAGCGAGGUUACAAGUUUGCUGGCGUAGAAGCUGGCUAUGCCUGUUUCUGUGGCCACGAAGGGGAUGUCCGCCAUAGUCAGCCAGUGAGUGCCGUGGAGUGUGACCAAGUCUGCUUUGGCAAAUCCAGUGAACUGUGUGGAGGAGAUGGCCGGAUAGGCAUAUACAAUGUCUCCAUGGGCGCCUGUCAAGGAAACUUCAGUGAUCCUUCUGGAGUGAUCUACUCUCCGCAGUUCCCAGAUGACUAUGAAGCCGACAGCAACUGCAGCUGGGCCCUGCGUCCUGUGGGGUGCGAUUCCGUGGAGCUCACUUUCCGCAUUUUUGACGUUCACGACCCCAAUGACCGCCUGGAGCUGCGGGACGGACACAGCAAUGUCUUGUUGGCCCAGUUUGAUGGUCGCUGGAGGCCGGGAGCUCCCCUGCUCUUUCCUACUGACUACCUACUCCUCUCCUUCCAGUCGGACCAGCUUAUGCAAGCUCAGGGCUUUGCCAUCUUGUACAGAGGGUUGAAAGGUUCAUCGGUGAACUUACGAACCCUCCCCGGUGAUGGAUCCCGUCUCGUCCCAACCUCCUCCGAUUGGCUGAACUCCACCUGGACCUACAGUGCCAGUGACCCUGCCAUUGGAGUAGGAGCUUGGGUGAUGUACACGGCCACAGGAACCUUCAUCUUGGCCAUUAUCCUCAUCACAUACCAUCUCCGCAAGAGGACUUGCCUUUUUGUGCAGAAGAAGUCGGGCAAUUCCCUGGUCCCGUUCUCCUCCAAAGGCCCACGGAGCCGCUGCCAGUGCCUUGGCGGGGAGGCGUGGGCUGUGGCCUACCGACAUACCCGGGUGGUGAUCUGCACCACACGUGGCGCCCCACACCAUCGCCCUUUGCACAACAGCGGUGGGGGUGGCGGGGACGACGAAGCCUCCUCAGACUGCUCUUGCUUGUGCCACAGUUAUGAGAACCUUUCUUCCACCAACCAGUCCUCUCUCAAAUCUCUCAUCUCCACCAUAUGAGGCGAGACACACCAGCUCUCAACUCCCAUUGUCAAUGUUGGGAAUGUCAGCCCACUCUCCACUUGCCAACUUCCUAAGCUGGAACUUCAUCAGUUCUCAAGGUGGACCAAGAUUGGGACCUUAAUAACUGCAUCCAUUCAUGGGGAAUUGCAGGGGAAGUUGGUCCAUAAUAGAGACCAGGGCCCAUCACGGCACUGAUAACAACAUUCCAGAGGAAUGGAAGGUCAUUUGGCAACAAUCAUACAUAGCAAUAAUCCCUUACAGACUUUAUUGGCUGCUAUGGACAAUCUUCUGGGGAUGCGGAGACUAUGAAAGUGGUGGGAGAUCCCAUUGCCACAUCCCUUGGAAGGAGACAGCUCAGUUGAAAGAAGGAAGCUCCCAUCAAGGAGCUGGAAUUUUGUAAAAGAUUUCCUGGUUGAUACAAAGCCCUGACAUUGCUGGAGACAUGCCCAUGGAACCAAGUGAAAAUGUAAGACUGUGUGACAGAAGAGGCACAUACUCAGUAAUGCAUGAUGUCAAUACCUCACAAAAUAGAUUUUGUGAGAUACAAAGGCCUGGCGAUGGUGGGAUUCCCAGAUACAGGUAGUUGGGGGAUGAAAGAGAGUGAAUCCACAUGGAGGUGGUUAAUCUACAGAUACUAAACAGCGGGCAGGGAGUGGCACUUGUACGAGCUGAACCCAUCACCAUAAACUUUUUAAGAACAUUUGGAGACAAAGAGAGCCUGAAGACCACGGGACAAUGGAAGGGUUGAUGACUUGGUUCUUGGGGGCUCUAUAAACACAACAAAGGAGGAGGAGGAGGGAUAGUGAAAACCAGCCUCUGGUCUCCUGAGCCCAACAGGCACAAAAAUCAUUUUGGAACACGAAACCGUCAUUAAAUUAUUUUCAUAUCAGUGAA